AUGGCGGCAGCCGCUUCCUUCACCCCAACCAGGCCUCCCUGGUGCCAGAAGAAAAUCCUUGCUGCAGCUGCCUCGUUAACCAGCUCGCUGCCUGACCCCGCAGAGCUGCGGGCAGGCCUGCCGGCAUCCCUGCCUGCCCCACUUGCCCUGAGCCAGCGGCCAUUUGCGGGUGCUGGCGUGGAGCUCGACGCGCCCACGGCACCCACAAACCCGCAGCUGCGGAAGUCGCAGUUUGUGCGGUUCGCCGACGUCUUUCCCCUGAAGGAAUUCGGGUUUGCCCCCGAGCCGGGCCGGUACCUGGAGGUGGUGGGCUGGGUGGAGGUGGUGACCGGGCUGCUGCUGGCGUUCGGGCCCCAGCUCCUGCAGGAGAUCAGCAACUUCAUCCUCAGCGUCAUCAUGAUCGGUGCCAUCUACACGCUGCUGGUGCUGCGGGAGCCCCUGGCCAUGUGCGCCCCCGCCACCCUCUGCCUCGGCCUCCUCCUGCUGCUCAACAUCCGCGGGCACGCGGACCCCCCCAAGCCCAAGUUCGAGUGACCGGAGGUGGGAAGGGUGGACGGCUCGGCCGGCGGGGAGCAAUGCCCUUACGGUAUUUUCGGGGACGGCAUCGCAUCCUGCGAGGUAAAUUGCUGCUGGUGCACAGUGUGUCCUCUCCUGCCGCUGCCAAGGACAGUCGUGCUGGUUGUCCCCACACUGCAG